AUGAACAAAUUCAUAGGAAAUAACAAGAAGUUAUUUUUCGUUACGAAUAAUUCAAACAAAUCUCGCAAUGAAUUUGUGGCGAAAUCUAAUAAAAUAGGUUUUAAUUUUGGCUUGGAUAAUAUUAUUCUCAUUGCUUACCUGGUAGUCCAAUAUCUGAAGGCUAUAAAUUUUGAAAAAAAGUGUUAUGUAGUAGGGACAACUGGUAUCAUCAGAGAACUGGAUGCUGCUUCAUUGUGUAUUGUGAAUAUCAUGACGACGUGUGCUGAACGUGAGCCCCUCGUUAUGGGAAAACCGAACAAGCAUUUCUGUGAUAUCUUGGAGAAGGAGUACAAGGUGGAUCCGGAACGUACCUUCAUGAUCGGCGAUCCAUGCAAUACAGAUAUUCUGCUGGGGAAGAACUGUGCCUUCCAGACAUUGCUGGUGGAAACAGGCAUCCAAAAUGCUACUGAUAUUUGA